AUGGCGACCAAAGGAAAAUCAGAAAAUGACACAAAGAUUGCAGCGUAUCUUGAUUUUGCUGCGCAACUCAUAAGGCGCAUAGACUCGGGCAAUGUCAACGCUGUCGCCAUGCAAAACCUUGAGACCACUCUCCGCAUCAGUUACCCCCGUUUGCCUGCUGCUAGAGCGCCCGACUACGAUCGUCUAGGGACACAGCUCUGGAAUACCGCGAUCCGCCUGAAAGACCAAUCUUCACCACUGCUCAAAACCUGGCCACUAUUCGAAGCUCAGCUCCGGGUCCUUGCCUACUUCCUUCUAGACGCGGCCCACCGAUCCUACGUCAAGCAUGGCAGCAAAAAGUCUUCUCAGAACCUGGUCCGCAUCCUCAAGAUUGCCUUGAGAGCAGCACGGAUCUGUAUGGCCGCAGAGACGCUGGACCUUUGCACCAUGCUCUUUGAAAAAGUUGCAGAACAUGUCGAGCACACGCAGGAUCCACCCAUAGAACACAAGAAAGACAAACAGGAAAGCGAGGCCGAGGAGAUGCUCAAAGAGUUGAUGGCCGAUUAUUAUCUGUUGAGGGCAACAUUGUCAUGGAAAGGGAACAAACCUGGCAAUGUGAGCUACUGGCUCAGCAGAGUCCUUCUUCUCCCAGAAAGAUCCGAUAUGCUACAUCUCGCCGAGAAGAAAGCAGACUUGACAUACGAAGUUGGCAAAUUCGCUCUCCAGAAGAAGCAAUUCUCCACAGCUGCCAGGUGGCUCGAGCAAAGCUAUCAAGUAUUUGCCGACAUUGAUUCUGAGAUCCUCUCCUCUGACAUGUGCGAUCUUCGCGUGGUCGUCAUGCUUGACUAUGCUCGCUCCCUGGUCGGCGUUGGUGAUUCUGAUUCCUUGGUGAAAGCAAUCAGUCUUAUUGUGACGCUCGAUCAGGAGCAUGGCUUCAGGUUUGAGGUUCAACUCACAAGACUGGACAUCAUCUAUGCUACAACGCCAUUCGAUGGCCAAGAAUUCUGUGGAGUUCUAGGUAAGAUCAUCCGUGGAGCUAUAAUUUCGGACGGAAUAUUCAGAUCAAUCAUGUAUCAAAUACAGAGACUGAACACGUAUGAUCCCGAAAAAGCUGGCGGAACAAACCACAGUACCAUCGCCAGUAUAAACCCGGGACCUCACUCACACCUGGCAUGCCAGACCUUGGAUCUUAUGCUAUACAGAUUGCUUGAACAAUCUUCUAUUGUACAACCCUGGGUCGAGAAAAUUGUGGUGAUGAGGCUAUACAUUUGUUCUCUUUCCUUACAUGCGAGAGAUCACCUUCCAUCACUCGAAAACCUGUUUGAGGACAUCGCUAUGAAAGCCGGGACAAAGCUGGGUCCAGAAGCGACACACGCCUCUCAAUCUCUGAUAUGGAAAGCUGUCACUACCUUACAGCAAUCACAGAACGAGGAUGAAGCUGCAAGAUGGUGCAGUUUGGCGAAUCACAACAUCUUCGCAAGCUCUGGAGAGGUGAACAAAGCCAAAUUAUCUCGCAAGUCAAUGACAGUCGCACUCUCCAAAGGUGAUGUGAACGCUGCAAGAGCAGCUUAUCAUCAGAUGUCAAGUCAGAGCAAGUCAGCCGCAAUGACACAAUAUCUCAUGUAUAAGCUUGCUCUGCAGGAAGAUGAUGCCGAGCUUGCUACAAAAUCUCUCGAAGGAGUCUUGAAGUCAUCUUCCAAGGACACCGAGAAGUAUCUGUAUGCAUGUGCACUCGAAGCCCAACAGAUUGGCGAUAGAAAGCAGUUCAUCGUAACUCUGAAAAAGAUCCUGGAACUUCACGAGAAAAACUCUCUGAACGAUGUCCGGUUGGCAGUUCUAUCUCGCUGUAUAGUUGGUUCGAUCGAGACAGAGCUGAAGAAUAAUGAUAUGCCGCUCGAUGCUGGUCUGACUGAGUUGUGCAAAGUCUUUGAAGCAGUCAUGAGGCAUGCAAGUAACUUCAAGAAUGCGGAUGAUCACGACGCACGAAUUGACGAACUUCGAUGGUUUGCUUGUCACUGUUACAAUACAGCUUUGAAGCACUGCUCUGACAUGCAACCUGAAUUACUGACGAGGUUCAUGAUGGCCAGCGUUGCUCUUAUAGAUCUGCUUCGCAAUGAGGACAAGAAAGACGAUGGUCUUCUGAAUCGCCUUCUCCUAUGUCGCUUCCUGGCCGCCUCUGCUUUGAUUGUUCUAGCGAGAUCAGAGGACAACAUUGAGCGAGCUUUGCAAUUAUACACCGAUGCCAGAAGACAAAUCGGGGCUUUUCACCAGAGAUAUCAAGAAGCCAAACGACAGGAAUUACUGCCUCCAGACGCAACAUCGGACAUGGAGAUCAAGGAAUUCGAAAUAAUCCAAUUCGACUUGGAGGCCGUCAUGCGCCUUGAGCAGUGGGACGAUCUAGACACAGUCCUCUCAAUGUGCCUUGAGACCCGCCACUCAAAUCGACUUGGAAGCGCAGCAGAUCUCAUCAUCCACAUUCAAACUCACAUAACAUCUGACCCUUCCAAGCCCGUAACUCCAAAACUUCUCGCCGGCAUUACUUCUGUGAUGGAGAAGAUCAUCAACACAUGCUGGCGCAACAACAAAGACAUCACACGCCUCGCCCGCUGGAUACGCUGCCUCUUCCAGAUGACCUUGACCUCCGACCCUAUCAUUUCCCUCCGCUGUCUAGACCAAGCCUCUGCUAUUGCAUCCAAAGCAGCCACGAGACAGAUUCCAGAAGCCUAUCCACCUGACGAGCUCGAGUGGUUGGCCAGUACGGCAUUCAACCAUGCAGUGGAUUUGUGGUUUGCGGGUAUCGAAGAGGGAAACGGUCAAGGAGAAGACAACGAGCAAGCGAGGAUGUGGGCUGAGAAGGCUUUGAUGCUUGCAGGGAGUGUGAGUGAAAUUGGAACUGGUGUGCAAGGGUUGCAUAAGGUGUUGCAGGAUAAGUGGAUGAAGUUGAGGGGGGUGGGUCAGGCUCAAAGCUAG